CUUCAGCUAAUUCAUACCACAACUUCGAAUCGUGACGUUCCUUCUCGCUCACACAUACAUACAUACAUCGUACUGUGUGCGCCUUCCUAAAUUAUUUCAUUCUUUUCACGCGACGCGCCGUUCCUAGAUGACCUUCGAACACGCCUCCGCGCCUCGAGGCCUUCAAGACAACAACCCACAAUUCGGACAGACAUUGUUACCUUCCUCACGCGAACUUGGCGAAGUAGUACCAGUGAAGCUGCCAGAUGGAGCACCGGUAGCCGCCGGGGGUCCGGCCUUUGCAAAGUCAUGGGCGCAUUUUGUUGCUGGAGGUCUUGGUGGCAUGGCCUCCGCGACCCUGACCGCACCGCUUGACGUCCUCAAGACACGCCUGCAAUCGACGUACUAUCAACAGCAUCUCGCCGCCAUGAGAACCGCCCGAGGGUUACCGCCUAUCGAGACCAUGUCCUUUGCACGCAGCUCAUUGCUUCACAUCCGCGAGACGGGAGAAAUUCUGUGGCAAGUCCCCAAAGCGGAGGGCUGGCGAGCUCUCUUCAAGGGCCUCGGACCCAAUCUGAUCGGUGUUGUACCCGCUCGCGCCAUCAAUUUCUACGUAUAUGGAAACAGCAAGAAGGUCAUCAGUACACAGUUCAACAAUGGACAAGAAGCUGCGUGGGUUCACCUGUUCUCUGCGGCUGCGGCUGGUAUCGUGACUGGAACCGCAACGAAUCCCAUUUGGUUGGUCAAGACUCGACUACAACUGGACAAGAACAUUCACACUGACGGCCGUGGCCGCCAGUACAGGAACGCCUUCGACUGCACAAUGCAGACCAUCAGAAAAGAAGGGUUCUUUGGUCUGUAUCGUGGAUUGACCGCCAGCUACCUGGGUGUGUCAGAGAGCACGUUACAGUGGAUGAUGUACGAACAGAUGAAGCUCGCUCUGGCCAAACGUGCUGAGCGAGUCGCUGCGAUGGGACGAGCACCAACACUCUGGGAUCAGACAGUCGACUGGACGGGCAAGGUCUCCGCCGCUGGCGCCGCCAAAUUCAUCGCCGCACUCAUCACAUACCCUCACGAGGUCGUCCGAACACGACUUCGACAAGCUCCUCAGCAGGACGGUCGCCUGAAGUACACCGGUCUUGCACAAUGCUUCAAGCUCAUCUGGAAAGAGGAAGGCAUGGCCGCGCUCUACGGUGGACUUGUGCCCCACAUGUUCCGUGUCGUACCCAGCGCUGCCAUCAUGUUCGGCACGUACGAGGGCGUGCUGAAGCUCCUCGGCGAGUCCAGCAACAUGUAAAAACACCUCUUCACUUUCAUUUCCCUUCACAUGUAUAACAUUUGGCUGCAUGGACACGGCGUUGCAAUUGCUUGGGAGCAUAUACUGACGGCGUCUUUCCACUCGGUGUAAAUACCCACCCAUCUUCGAUCUUACAGAACGCUUGUAUAACAAAAGAUGUAUAGAAACUGGCGUGAUCAGGUUGGGGCUUUAGAGUGGCGCGUAACGGUCUUGGUGUAAGAGUACGAUUAGUAUGAGUAAGCCUCAACUCAGUCACCAAAAGACGCAUAUGAAGAAUCCAAACAAUGGUAAUUGU